AUGGCGGACUCUGAUAAGGGUCCCGAGUUUGAACAAACGGUGAAGAUUCUUUGCGAUGAUGUGGAUUUUUACAACUUUAUCCUCGAAGAUCAGCAAACAUCUGCACCUGAUGAUCAUGAUGCCAUCUCAGAAACCCGUGACCACAUCAAACGGCUCCAAGCAGAAAUUGGCAAGCUUCUGGGAAACGUUGCCUUGAAUUCCCCUCAACCAUCAGCCCCGGCAACACCGCAACGUCUUCCACAACAGCCUACUGCAACGCCGCCUGUACUCACUAGAGAACCUCAGAGCAUGCCAUCACACACCCCAAACAGGAUUGGAGAUCCUUCAUCAACUCCUGGUACUUACUGGCCAUCUUCUGCGCCGUCUCCUUUUUUGAAUCACCCGAACGCCCCCAUUCAACCAUACUACGCCCCGCAUGGUCAUCCCAUGCUGCCUCAUCCUUCUGGGCAAGCAUAUUACCCCGGCCCUUCUUCCUCAAAAAAUCGACUGCCUGCUUUUUCUGCUAACGGGUCUCGCAAGCGUACCCGAGAAGACUCCAAUAAUUUGCAAAAUCCGCGACAGCCAUCCAAGAAAGCAACUAUUAACAGCUCUCAAAGGCGAGUCGAGGAGCUUGAGGUAAAGCUGGACAUGCAGCUGGAGGAAAACCGACGGACUUACGCCAUCAUGAGAGAUCCCGAAGAAGUUAAGAAAUCAGCUAGGCUCGAGGGAUUAAGCGAAGAGCAGGUGUUGCUGGACAUCGCCGAAGAAGAAGCGGAGAAUGCCAAGUGCAUCCGAACUUUUAUUCAGGCUGAGAAGGAUGAGGAAUACGCUCGCAUAAUACAAGCUCAAGAUGAUGAAUAUACGGAGUCUUACCCCUCCACACAUCCGAGCUUCAAUAUCCCUGAUCGGACCCAUUACCCCCAUCCUGUCGUCAAGCAGGAACCAUAUCUGAACCCCAAAACCGACUAUCGUAACCCCAAUCCAAUAUACUUGGAUUCCGAUGAUGAUAUUGAGGAGAUCACUCCGGAUACCUUCUUCUCUGGUGGAAGGGGUUCUCUACCUUGGCCUUCGCAAAGUAUCCCGAACAAAGGUGGCCUCUACCCGUCGCAACCUUUGCUGCCAAUGCCAGGGAGCUUUCCCGGGAUGCCACCGUCGAUGGGAAUGACCAACCCCCAUAUGGGCUGGAACCCUAUGAAACUUGGUCCGCCAGCCCCAUCGUCUCUUCCUUAUCCAUCACAAUUACUUGGCAGCACCCCUUCUAGACGACUCCCAUGGAUGCCGGGCCAGCAGCAUCCUGAGAUGAAGGCGUUCGAUCUUGUCCGUGAGCAGCAAGAUAUGGAAGAGGAUACGAUUGAUUUCGAGGCGUACAAGGAAUCAGAUUUCCCUGACGAUAUCAAGAACUUGCUUACAGGUAUCAAAAAUAUCAACGAUGCAACAAAAGCAAACAAUGAUGAGAAGCCUCAAGCCUUGAAGGUCACAUUGAUGAAGCACCAGACGAUUGGCUUGGCAUGGCUCAAGGCAAAGGAGGAGAGUAACCACAAAGGUGGAAUCCUGGCAGAUGAUAUGGGCCUUGGGAAAACUAUCCAAACCAUUGCCCUCAUGAUUGCUCGCCCACCGACUGAUCCUGAUCGCCAUCCAAGUCUAAUCGUCGCUCCGAAAGCCUUAAUGGAACAGUGGAGACUUGAGAUUGGUCGACACGUCAAUCCUGGCCACAAAUUGUCUGUGUUCAUCUAUCACGGUCUGGGAGGACGUCAUAUUCCUUGGAGAGACCUUAAGAAGAACGAUGUAAUCAUCACAACAUUUGGCACGUUGACUGCUAACUACAAGUACAUAGACCAGUCAGAAAAACUCCAGGAGGAAGGCAAAGACGCCAGUAUCGUUCGACACGUCCGGGAAAAAGCGGUGCUGUUUAGCCCCGCUGCAAAAUGGUAUCGCGUGAUCAUCGACGAAGCUCAAAAUAUCAAAAACCCAGCAGCGAAGUCAGCGAGAGCAUGCUGCCGUCUUGACGCUACUUAUCGUUGGUGCUUAACUGGAACGCCCAUGAUGAAUCGUCUCGAGGACUUUCAGUCUUUGCUAGCUUUUCUUCGGAUCCGACCAUACAACAACAAAGAGAAAUUUAAAAGAGACUUUGUCAAGCCUAUCAAGGCGCAAUGGGGCGAUGAUCAUAUCAUGAAACAAUUACGUGUUCUGGUCAAAUCAGUCUGUUUACGUCGGACGAAGAAAACAAAGAUUGAUGGACAGCCGAUUCUGCAACUUCCACCAAAGGUCAUUGAGAAGAUCCAUGUUGUUUUCAAUGAAGAGGAGAAGGCGGUCUACGAUGAGCUCAGCUCCGAUACACAGAGAGUGAUUACCAGAUACUUGGACAACGGCACUCUGGGCAAGAAUUACAGUCACGUCUUGGUUCUUCUUCUUCGACUCAGACAGUGCUGUGAUCAUCCCCUCCUGAUUCGGGGCUUCAACAAUGAUGGCUCGACAACCGUGCAGGGCGUUGAUCUGGUUGCGAACGCGAAACUAUUAAGCGCGGCGACGGUGGAGCGUAUUAAGAGCAACACAGACGAUGAUGAUGGUGCUUGCCCUAUCUGUAUGGACAGUAUUGAAAAUGCGGUCAUCUAUAUCCCUUGUGGACACUCGCUCUGUUCAGAGUGCUUCGCGCGCAUAUCAGAUCCCACAAUGCUUGCUCGACAGGAUUCCGAUGCACCCGGUAUGAUCAAGUGUCAAAACUGCCGUGGUCCAGUUGACCCUCUCAAAGUCACGGAUUCCACAUCAUUUAAGAAGGCUCAUGACCCAGCCGAUAGCACAGAGGAAGGAUCCGACGAAUCAGCACAGCAAACUGAGGACUCUGGCUCCGAAGCCUAUGAUACGGAUUCCGAUUCCGCCACCGAACCUGAUGGAUCUGAUAAAAAGCCCAAGAAGAAAUCUCUCGCGGACCUGCGCGCCGCCGGAUUGCGGAACAAAGCCGAAAAGAAAAAGUACCUCCGUCGUCUAGAGAAAAUGUGGACCCCAAGUGCCAAAAUCGACAAGUGCAUUGAGAUCCUCGAAGCAAAUGAGGCUCGUGGGGCUGGUGAGAAAACUAUUGUCUUCAGCCAGUUCACCUCUCUUCUGGAUCUUUUGGAAAUCCCAAUGAAUCGCCGUGGAUGGGCAUAUGUCCGCUUCGAUGGCACAAUGAACAUUCAUGACCGCAACGCAUCUGUCGCUGCGUUUACUGAUGAUCCCGAUUGUAAGGUUAUGAUUGUUUCGCUUAAGGCUGGAAAUGCAGGACUGAACCUCGUCGCUGCUUCUCAUGUUAUUCUUUUCGAUCCCUUCUGGAAUCCCUAUGUUGAGGACCAGGCAAUCGAUCGUGCUCAUCGUAUUGGUCAAACAAAGGAUGUCUUUGUUCAUCGAUUGCUUAUUGAAGGCACAGUUGAAGAUCGCAUUGUUGAAUUGCAGGAGAAGAAGCGAGAACUGAUUGGUGGUGCACUGGAUGAAGGUGGCACAAUGAAUGUCUCUCGACUCGAUACGAGAGAACUGGCUUAUCUAUUUGGCGUGACGGCUUAA